ACUUCAAAGGGCACACUCUAAGUCCUCUGCAUGUUUCCAAGUUUUCCUUUACACGAAGACUAAUAUUGGAUCAGAGCUUACCCAGAGCAUCAUUUUGCCGCUGUAAAGACCACAUUUCCAACGGUCAUGAAUUACUGGGGUUAAUUUCAACAUACAUACAUUUUUGGAACAUAGUUGGAUCCACAAGGUGUAAAAACCUCGUUUCCCCAAACCUGUUACAAUACAGGAAUUUUCUUGAGGGCUUCUACAUCUUCUUGAGAUCAGGUUUUUCUUCCUCUUUCCCUAAGCCUGUGCUUCUUGCUCCCCACCCCUAGCAAGACUAUCAGUUUCCUGCGGUCCUCCGGUUGGUAGGGGGCGCAGCAGCUCCGCUGUCUCUCCGGACCGGAAAUCUCUUCCCUGGGUCUGAUGUGACUGAGGAAAGUGGAGAGGCUGUGUCGCGCACGCAUCUUCUGACUCGAUGGCGGGCAGCGAUUCGGGGACGCUGCAGGCUCUGCAGGCAGUGGACACUGAGUUUACUGCGGACUCGGUAGAGUGGUGCCCAGUAGAGGGUUGCCAGCACCUUAUGGCCUGUGGAACCUACCAGCUGCGAACGCCGGAGGACCAGCCUGCACUGGAUGUCAGUGAGCCUCAAGUUCGUUUAGGUCGUCUCUACCUGUAUAGUUUCAAUGAGGACAACACGGCUAAACCUCUGGUUGAGGUCCAAAGAAGGGAUUCUUCUGCCAUCCUGGACAUGAAAUGGUGCCAUAUCCCAGUGUCUGGCCACAUACUUUUAGGCUUGGCAAAUGCCAGUGGAUCUGUAGAGCUGCUCCACCUGAUGGAAUAUGAGAAGAACAGUUACACCCUGCAAUCAGUUUCCAGCCUUACCCUGGAGGAGAGAUGUCUGUCCUUGUCCCUGGAUUGGUCAACUGGGAAACCUGGAAGGGUCAGAAACCAGCCCUUGAAGAUCAUUAGCAGUGAUUCUAAGGGGCAGCUGCAUCUCCUGAUGGUGAAUGAGGGAGUGGCUGAACUACAGCUUGUGGCUUCAUGGCCAGCCCAUCACUUUGAGGCCUGGAUUGCUGCUUUCAAUUACUGGCAGACAGAACUCGUGUAUUCAGGGGGAGAUGACUGCCUUCUGAAAGGCUGGGAUACUAGGAUGCUUGGCACACCUGUCUUCACUAGCAAAAGACACUCCAUGGGUGUGUGCAGCAUCCAGAGCAACCCCCAUCAGGAACAUAUACUGGCUACUGGAAGCUAUGAUGAGCAUGUUCUGCUGUGGGACACUCGGAACAUAAAGCAGCCAUUGGCAGACGUGCCGGUGCGAGGAGGCGUGUGGAGGCUCAAGUGGCACCCAGUCCACCACCACCUGCUCCUGGCGGCCUGCAUGCACAACGGCUUCAAGGUUCUCAACUGCCAGAAGGCCACUGAGGAGAAGCAGGACGUGACUGUCUUAAUAUCCCAUGAAAUGCCUAACUCAUUAGUGUAUGGGGCUGACUGGUCCUGGCUUCCUUUCCGUUCCAUGAAGCCUACACCCACCUGGUCCUUCGAUCAAAAUGACGUGGGAAUGAGAUCAGUAGACUGCCACAGCCUGAAGGCUGCAGAGGAGCCACCAGCACCUUUCCAUGAACAAAUAUUGGACCACCAUGUGGAAGGCCCUGCUAAAGCUCACAGCGGAGUUGAAUUGAAGGCCUCUCUCCUUCCAUUAACAGAGGACAUGAAAAGCAGCAGCCAACUGCGCUCCUCUUCCAAGAUCUGUGAUCUCAGCCUCUUUAGUGGAGGGAAUUUUGACAAUAGCCUCUUGGCCACCUGCUCCUUUUACGACCAUGUUCUCCACCUCUGGAAGUGGGAGACAAAGAAAGCUUGAGGCUGCAUUCUUCACAUCUUUACUGGAUGUGACUUGGGGAGUGCUGGCCUUUGAGAAUGGACUUUCUGAUUCUGUUUUGGCAGAAUGGGUUUUCCAGCUCUACAACUAAGUGUCUUGGGUAUAUUUUGACUUUCAGUCCUUCAUUUGCAUUUAAGUCCUUAUUUGUAUUAAUUAAAUAACUUAAAAUUUUUAAAAAAAUUACA